AAGCCCCUGAUGAAGGCUUUAGCAAAGCUCGUCUCAACCAAUAACCCGGACAAUGUUAUUUUUGUGGGCAAGGCCCACGUAGGCAACGAAGCAGUCAAUCAACUCCAGAAAUUCAAUAGCGCUUUGAAAAACUACUCUGCAGCUUCGUCGGGGGCAGGGAAAGGCCGUGGAAUUGAUGGAAUGCUCAUUACGAAGUGGGAUACAGUCAAUGACAAAGUUGGUGCUGCAUUAUCGAUGACAUACGUGAUGGGACAGCCUAUUUUGUUUGUUGGCUGCGGUCAGACUUACAUGGAUUUACGCCAACUUCGCGUUUCCCACAUCGUUCUGGCUCUGAUGAGCGAUUGA